CCCGGACGUGUUUUUGGAACCGCAUACCUCGAUUAAGCAAGGUUUGGGGUUAAUCAACCGAAAGUUCAGGGUUUAUCUGACGGUAAGUUAACCAUGCUUUCUGGAAUACACCCCAGGUCUCCGUACAUUAAUUCGAAAGGUUUGUUUAUCCCCACGGCAUCAACGCAUAUGUUUGUGGGCGUUCUCACAAUGAUUCACUGGUUCACAGAGAUCGCCCCCAGCGGCGAACCAUAGACGUUUCGAAACAGUUAUGAAAGCCUUUUUACUGAAAUUACGUGAUUUUGGCAGUUUGAUACGCGCUCCGAACCACUGUUUCGAAACAAUUGAUUAUUCUCAAAAGUUUCGGAGCUUCACGAAGCAGUGCUUCGAAAGCGCCCCUCACUAUGUUUUCUCAAAGAUAGAAUCACGUGACAAACAAUGAUCAAUGUUCGCAGUGUUUAACAGCGAUCACAAAUCAAAGUGCUCUGCUCUGUGGAUUCUGUUCCAUGCUGCAAGUCAUGAUGAACAUCUGAUUGUCUUCAGUAACACAGAUCCCAGUGUUGAUCUGUUCAGCUGCAGGAUGUCAGAGGAGAGAGGAACGCACUCUCCGUCUGAGAAGACUCUUUCACAGAAACAGAGUGUAAGAUCAGGCACACAUGUGUCCAGCUCUGUGUCUGUGAAGAGUGACCAUUCAAAAGGUGGUGUACCGGAUUUCAGUGAGAAGAAACCAUCAGCUACUGAAAGUGUAAGAUCAAGCGCACAUGUGUCCAGCUCUGUGUCUGUGAAGAGUGACCGAUCAAAAGGUGCUGUUCCAGACUUCAGUGAUAAAGAAACAUCAUCUAACAAAAGGAUUCAACAUGAGACAUUAGCUUCAGACUUCCAGAUUCACAGGAAGCAAAACAUUUUUAAAGACAAUCUCAUGUGGAUCUUCCAGGAUCUUGAGAAGAAAAUAAUCACAUUUCUGAAAAAUGAGCUGGAAAUGUUUAAGAAAAUAUUACAAAAAGAGAACACACAAUACUUUGUGAAGGACUUUAAUAAGAGUAGAUGCAGUAUCAAAGAAGCAGCUCUUGAUCUCACACUCUGCUUCCUGAGAGAGAUGAAGCAAGAUGAAGCUGCUAAUACUCUAGAAGAUGAGCUGUUCUUCAUUCACCAACUAAAAUGUAGCCUAAAGAAGAAGUAUCAGUGUGUGUUUGAAGGAAUUGCAAAGCAAGGUGACUCUACACUUCUGAAUAACAUCUACACAGAUCUCGAUAUCACUCAGGGUUGUAGUGAACAGGUCAAUACUGAACAUGAAGUAAGACAGAUUGAAGUUGCUUCCAGACGUCAUGAAGCACAAGAGAUACAGGUUGAAUGCAAAAAUUUGUUUGAAUCAUCUGAACAAGACAAGAAGAUCAGAACUGUACUGACAAAAGGAGUUGCUGGCAUCGGAAAAUCAGUCUCUGUGCAAAAGUUUGUUCUGGAUUGGGCUGAAGGAAAAGAAAAUCAGGAUAUCAGCUUCAUAUUUCCUCUUCCAUUCAGAGAGAUGAACUUAAAGGAGAAAGAAACACAAAGCUUGAUGGGACUUCUAAAUGAGUUUUUCCCAGAAACAAAAGGACUGAAUCUUACAAGAAGGAAUCAAUUCAAAGUCCUGUUCAUCCUUGAUGGACUGGAUGAAUUUCGGCUUCCUCUAAAUUUUAAGGAUAAUGAGACGUGGUCAGAUGUAUCAUUACCUGCCUCUCUGGAUGUUCUCCUCACAAACCUUAUCAAGGGAAAUCUGCUUCCAUCUGCUUUCAUCUGGAUCACCACCAGACCAGCAGCUGCCAGUAAGAUUCCUCCUGACUGUAUGCUGACAGAGAUACGAGGAUUCAAUGAUGCACAAAAGGAGGAGUACUUCAGAAAAAGAUUCAUAGAUGAGAAUCAGGCCAAAGAAAUCAUUGAUCAUGUUAAAAAAUCUAAGAGCCUCUUUAUCAUGUGCCACAUCCCAGUCUUCUGCUGGAUUUCAGCCACUGUUCUACAGAACAUUUUGAAGGUCAAAGGAAAUGAUGUAAAAAACAUUCAGGAUGAUGAAGGAUCCAAAACACUGCAGGAAUCAAAUACUGAAGACACUCCCAAGACUCUGACACAAAUGUACACACACUUUCUCCACUUUCAGAUCCAGCAAAGCAGACGAAAGUAUGAUGGAAAAUACACACCAGAUGUUUCCUGGGAUAAAGAUGCCAUCCUUUCACUUGGAAAACUGGCAUUUCAUCAGCUGGAAAGAAACAAUUUGAUCUUCUAUGAAUCAGACCUGGAAGCCUGUGGCAUUGACGUCUAUAAAGCAUCAGUGUAUUCAGGCAUGUGUACCCAGAUCUUUAAGGAGGAAAGAGGGAUCAUUCUUGGUACCAUGUACUGCUUUGUUCACUUGAGCAUUCAAGAGUUUAUUGCAGCCCUUUAUGCACAUUUGUUUCUAGACAUCAACAACAAAAGUGUGUUUGAUCAAGACUCUGCAGAACAGGAGAACAAAAAUGGAACCAUGAUUGAUUUCCUCAAGACUGCAGUGGACAAGGCACUUGAGAGUGACAAUGGACACCUGGACCUUUUCCUUCGCUUUCUUCUCGGUCUGUCACUCCAGUACAAUCAUCGGCUCUUACAAGGUUUGUUGACACAGCAAGACAACAAUGACAAGAGCAAAAAAGAAAUCGUUCAGUACAUCAAGCAGAAAUUUGAAGCUAAUCUGUCUCCAGAGAGAUCCAUCAAUCUGUUCUACUGUCUGAAUGAACUGAACGACCAAACUCUGGUGAAAGAGAUUCAGACCCACCUUAGCAAAGGAAGUCUCUCAUCUGCUGAACUUUCACCUGUCCAGUGGUCUGCUUUGGCUUUUGUGUUGUUGACAUCAGAGGAAGAGCUGAGGGAGUUUGAGCUUCAGAAAUUCAAGAAAUCAGACGAGUGUCUCAUUAGAUUAUCAGCAGUCAUCAAAACCUCUAAAAGAGCUCUGCUAAAUGAUUGUAACUUAACAGACAAAAGCUGUUCAGCUCUGGCUACAGUUCUUGGAUCAGAUAACAAUCUGAAAGAGCUGAACAUGAACAAUAAUAAUCUGCAGGAUUCAGGAGUGAAGCAGCUCUGCACUGGACUGAAGAAUAUAAAUUGCAAAUUGGGGAUAUUGAGACUUUCAGAUUGCGGUAUCGCUGAAGAAGGGUAUAAAGCUCUGGCUUCAGCUCUGAGAUCAAACCCUUCACACCUGAUAGAGCUGGAUCUCACAGGAAAUGAUCCUGGACAAUCAGGAAUGGAGCAGCUCAAUGACUUACUACAGGAUCAAAAGUGCAAACUGAAGAGACUGAGGUUUUUGGGUCCUGCUGCAGAUGAAGCCUGUCAGUAUGUGACUGGAAUUACGGGUAAAGACCCAUUACUCCUGAGAGAGCUGAAUCUGAGUAAAUGUGAACUAGGAGACACACGAGUGAGUCAGAUCGCUGCUCUGUUGCAGGAUAAACACUGUAAAGUUAACAUGCUGACUCUGUUUGAUUGCAGUAUUACAGAGAAACAGUGUCUGAUCCUGACUUCAGCUCUGAAAUCAAACCCAUCACACCUGAGAAAGCUGGACCUCAGCGAAAAUGAGAUCAAAAACACAGGAGUGAAUCACUUGUGUGACGUAUUGAAGGAUUCACACCAUGAACUGGAGAGACUGAGGCUAAGAUGGUGUGAAAUGACAGAUGAAGGUUGUUCUGCUCUGAAAUCAAACCCAUCACACCUGAGAGAGCUGAACCUGAGCGGAAAUCAACUAGGAGACUCUGCAGUGACAUACCUCAGUGAUCUACUGAUGAACCCACAAUGCAAGCUGGAGAAACUAGAUCUGUGUGAAUGCAGUAUUACAGAGAAGCAGUGUCUCAUCCUGACUUCAGCUCUGAAAUCAAACCCAUCACACCUGAGAGAACUGGACCUGAGCUGGAAUAAACUAGGAGACUCUGGAGUGAAAAACCUCAGUGAUCUACUGAUGAACCCACAAUGCAAACUGGAAAAACUACAUCUGUGUCUCUGCAGUAUUACAGAGAAACAGUGUCUCAUCCUCACUUCAGCUCUGAAAUCAAACCCAUCACUCCUGAGAGAACUGGACCUGAGUGGGAAUCAAAUAAAAAACACAGGAGUGAAUCACUUAUGUGACGUACUGAAGGAUUCACACUGUAAACUGGAGAGAUUGAGUCUAUAUGACUGUGGCAUUACAGAUGUUUCUUCUUUAACUCAGUCUUUGACAAACACAAAAACACUGCAGUUUUUAAAACAGCUGAAUCUGAGUAUCAAUAUGAUAGGAGACUCAAAGCAGAAGCUCAUUGAUGUGCUACGAGCCACACACUGUAAACUGAGACUAGACCAUGAGCAGACUCCAAACCCCACUGGUGGAUGGUUUGCAUCCUGGUUCAAUUCUUGGAUAUCAUGACUCGUCAUUAUCAGAUGAAGGAUCUUCAUAAGAGCCUCACAAUAGUACUGUAUCUAUGAAGAUAAUAAAUAUGAUGUUGUGAAAAGUCUCAGUUAGUCCAGCAUAGUACAUGUAGCUAGAUUUUUUUUUUUUUUUUUUUUUUUUUUUAAAUAGAUAGAAUAGGUAAGUGUUAGUAUUAGUUGGUCAGGUGCUUGCGAAAAAGAUGUCUUUAGAUGAUUUUUGAAAAUGGCUAAAGACUGAGAUCGGGAGGUCAUUCCACCAGCUGGGCACAGUCCAGGAAAAGGUCCGUGAGAGAGAUUUGGUAUCUCUUUGUGAUGGCACCACAAGGCAUUGUUCACUUGCUUCUGGAGGGUGCAUAAGUUUGAACUAGUGAGUUUAGAUAUAUUGGUGCAGCGCUAGUUGUUGUCUUGUAGGUAAACAUUAGUACCUUGAAUUUGAUGCGAGCGGCUAUUGGUAGCCAGUGUAACCUGAUGAAGAGAGGGGUAACGUGAGCUUUCUUCGGUUCAUUAAAGACCACUCUGGCUGCUGCAUUCUGGAUCAGUUGCAGAGGCUUGAUAGUACUUGCGGGAAGGCCUGCUAAGAGCGCAUUACAAUAGUCCAGUCUGGAGAGAACAAGAGCUUGGACAAGGAGUUGUGUGGCUUGCUCUGACAGGAAGGGUCUAAUCUUCCUAAUGUUGUAUAAGGCAAAUCUGCAGGACCGGGCCGUUGUAGCAAUACGGUCUGUGAAGCUUAACUGAUCAUCGAUCACAACUCCAAGGUUCCUGGCUGUCCUGGAAAGAGUUAUGGUUGACGAACCCAGCUGUAUAGAGAAGUCGUGGUGAAGUGAUGGAUUGGCUGAGACCACGAGCAGUUCUGUCUUGGCAAGGUUGAGCUGAAGGUGAUGGUCUUUCAUCCAGCUAGAAAUGUCACUCAGACAGGCUGCAAUGCGAGCAGCUACCGUUGGAUCAUCUGGUUGGAAUGAGAAGUAGAGUUGAGUGUCAUCAGCAUAGCAGUGAUAAGAAAAACCAUGUUUCUGAAUGACCGAUCCUAAUGACAACAUGUAGAUGGAGAAGAGAAGUGGUCCAAGCACUGAGCCUUGAGGAACCCCAGUAGCAAGAAGUUAUGACUUUGAAACCUCACCCCUCCAAGACACCCUGAAGGACCUAUCUGAGAGGUAAGACUCAAACCACAGGAGCGCGGUUCCUGAGAUGCCCAUCUUUCUGAGAGUGGACAGGAGGAUCUGACAGUUAACUGUGUCAAAAGCAGCAGACAGGUCCAGUAAGAUGAGUACAGAGGAUUUGGAAGCCGCUCUUGCCAGUCUCAGGGCCUCUGUAACCGAGAGUAGGGCUCUCAGUAGAGUGGCCGCUUCUGAAGCCAGAUUGGUGGUUGUCCAGAAGAUUGUUCUGUGCAAGAAACAAAGAGAGUUGGUUGAACACAACUCGCUCAAGUGUCUUUGCAAUGAAUGGAAGAAGGGAUACCGGUCUGUAGUGUUCUAAAAGUGCUGGAUUUAGAGAGGGUUUUUUAAGCAGUGGUGUUACCCGAGCCUGCUUAAAUGCUGUGGGAAAUGUACCAGUGUGAAGAGAGGUGUUGAUAAUGUGAGUAAGCGCAGGUAUGUCUGAAGAAGAAAUGGCCUGAAGGAGGUGAGUGGGGAUAGGAUCUAGUGGACAAGUAGUGGGGUGAUUGGAAAGGAAGACCUUUGUUCAUCUUCGGAACAUAAAUCAAGAUAUGUUUGAUGAGCUUUUGAGUUUGAGAAUUUGAGAGUUUCCUGACCCUCCAUAGACAACAACGUAACUGAAAUGAUCCGAGAGUACCACGACACGUGUGUGCGUUCCUCUGAACGUAAACAAGGCCACAGCGCAUGCGUUGCAGAGGAACACAGAGGAACAUUCAGAGGAACGCACACGCAUGCAUCGUGGUACUCUCAGUAAAGGUUGAGGAUGUGAUUCGAAGGAGAAGAAUUGUUGAAUAAAGUCUUUAUUAUUGUUUUCUUUGCGCACAAAAUGUAUUUGUUAAAGCUUCGUAAAAUUAUGGUUGAACCACUGAUGUCAUAUGGACUGUUUUACCGAUGUCCUUUCUACCUUUCUGGACCUGGGAACAUUGCAGUUAUAUUGCUGUCUAUGGGAAGGUCAGAGAGCUUACUGUCUUACUGGUUUGUAACGACAUGAAAGUGAAUAAUUAAUGACAGAAUUUUCCUUUUUGGGUGAACUAUCCCUUUAACUAUAAAUAUUUUUAUCUUUAAAUAUUUGCACAUACUCCUGCUCUUGUGUACCAUAAAACGACAGACUACAUGCACACCUUUGCUAGCAGCAAGUUGAUUGUGAUAAAGCUAAAACUUACUAAGAGGAAACUCAUUACAGUGCAGUGAUGCAGGGAAAGAUGCAAUAUAGAAGAAAAUUGGCCUAAAAAUAACAGCAGCAUUUUCCCAGUACUGUCAAAACUGACCUGUAGUUUAGGAGCAUUGCACUGAAACCAUCAGCUGUCGAUGAUGUUCUCUUCCUUCACAACUCAAAAUAAAAAAGAUGUAUUUGUCCCAUAAAAAUGAAAAUCUAAUAUAAAAGUAAAAUGAAUCACUGAUGUUUCAAUGUUGUCAUCCAAAUCAGAGCCAGUGUUGUUAUUAAUAUUAAGGAAUCCAUUCUCUCAUUUGAUGGUUAAAAAAAAUGAAAUUGGAAAUGACAUCACAGAGAGGAUCCCUGUAAACCAUUAAGACUGUCAACCUUUUUAAGAACAGGCACGUUUUGUUGAAAAAAUAAAAAAUAAAUGUUUGACAUGAUUAAUUUAUGUAACUAUUGUUUGUGCUCUCUGUUUGUAUUUUCUAGGAAAGUAGAUCAAAGUUUAAGUUAAGUGAAUCUAAGUUGAACCUGUGUCCCAGUGAGUCAACAGCUCUUCCAUGUCCUGAAUGCACAUUUGUUUAAAACUAGAUUUUUAAAGGAUUUCUGCUUUUGUCCUCUCUGUCAUCCUUAUUUGUCAUUGACUCAAACACUUUUACUCCCAACCUACACUUAUAUAUUUUGUACAUAAUGUAUUAAAAUAUUUUAAUUAAAUAUUAAGCAGAAAUGUCAAAUGCCAGCUAAUAAAUAUUUUGCUGUUAACAGAGACUUGAUAUGUUUUGAUCAGGUCAGUUGUGUUUGGUAUUCAUUUGAGAGCUUCAAUACAAGUUUGAAUUAAAGACUA